AGUUUUGGAAGUAUGCAAUGUUUAAGUGAGAUUUGAGAUUGCAACAGACAAAUUUGUAUGUACAUAGGAAUAUCUGCGUACAUGUUUAAAUUUGUAACGUGUUAUCAGAGAUUAUCACAAGCGAAAUACGAGAUCAGGUUUUGGAGAUUUGUUUGCGAAAUUAUUUAGCUUUUCGAGUAGUACAAUUAAAUAAUUCCAAUGAAAUCAACGUUAUAUUAGGAGGAUUAAUAAUGUGGCAAUAAGUAAUUGCGGAUUGUUAGUGAAAGGAGGAGUAGGAGAGGAUGCGGUUAUCGAAAUUCACGUGCUUACUGCUCAUUUUGAUUAUCGGGUUGUCCGUCUUCUUGGCUAAAGUCUCGAAUUUGAUACGGGUCAGCUAUGACGAUUUUGAAGCGUUCGACGAGGCUCACGGUGGUCCCAACCAGAAGGUUACACCUCAUCCUGACCCCUCCACUUUUGUUAUUGGAGAUUCUGCAGAACCCCUCCUCUGGUUUUUACAAAUUUCGGAUAUUCAUAUCAGCGUCUUCCAUGAUCCAGAUAGAAUCAACGAAUUCAGGCAGUUUUGUAAUGUUACUGUCGACGUUAUCAAGCCGUCUGUUGUUGUUGCAUCAGGAGAUCUCGCAGACGCCAAACAAAUUGACAACAUGGGGUCCAGGCAGUUCAGAGAAGAAUGGAUAUAUUACAGUGAAAUUUUACGUGAAACAAAAGUAGGCGAUAGAACUUUAUGGCUCGAUAUACGUGGAAAUCACGAUAGCUUCAACGUCCCCAGCAUUCAUCAACAUACGAGCUUUUACCACCAGUACUCAAUCCAAGGGAAACAGCAUAGACGUUCAUACAUGUACACCAUUGCUGACGGGACGGAAAAAUAUUCAUUCAUCGGCGUUGACGCUACUUUAAACCCCGGUCCAAGACGUCCUCUGAAUUUUAUUGGGAGAAUAACUCCAGAAGAGUACGAAGAUUUGGAGAAGUUUGAGGCUGAAAGUCGUGACAGUAAUGCAACAAUCUGGUUUGGACAUUAUCCAACGUCAUGCAUAAUAUCGCCAAAUCCGGGAUUCCGAACUUUAAUGAAAAAUGCCGUGGCGUAUUUGUGUGGACAUUUGCACACUUUAGGAGGUACAGUGCCAAACAUGUAUACUAGGCAGCAUAAUGGAUUUCUUGAAUUGGAAUUGGGGGACUGGAAAGAAAAUCGAUUGUAUCGCUUAGCUGCUUUUGAUCAUGGACUUUUUUCCUUUGUUGAUGUUCCUUAUGGGACAUGGCCCGUAAUUCUAAUCACAAAUCCAAAACAUGCAUUAUUUAAUUUACCAAGGAAGGACAAUUUGAAUUUUAUGAGCAAUUCUACACAUAUCAGAUUAUUGGUUUUUUCUCCAAGCCCAUUGGAAACUGUUCGUAUCAAACUUGAUAACGACGAUUGGGUUGAAUGCCACGGUAUUGAGGGUCCCUUGUAUGUCGCUGGCUGGAAUUCUCAAAAGUAUGCACUUGGGGUUCAUCAGAUUUAUGCAUACGCAAGAAACAGAGAUGGCCAAGCCGCAGAAAUUAAUCAGCCAUUCGCAUUAGAUGAUAGCAGAUUACAUUUUCGACUGCUUCCAAGAGUAGCACUAAUGACAGACGCUACGACGGUGUUUUACAGCGUCUUUAUGACACUAGUUGUAUUAUCGGUGUCGCCAUUAUUAUCAAUUCGUAUUCUUCAGAUGCUAGUCAAAAAAAAAUGGGUGGCGGGACCAGAAUUGAGAAAAUCUCACAAAUGCAGUGGUCUCUUUAGAAAAUUAUGGAUUCUUUGCACAAUCAAUAAGCUAUUUUAUCCCCUAGUUCUGUAUCCUAUAUAUUUAACAAUAGGACCUUGGUUUGUUGGCGAAGUUAUAGACGGUCAGUUGGGGGCAGCCUUUGCCUGGGGUACCUUUGUUGAUGGCACCCUAUUACCAGGUGCAUUUUCAUACUUUUACGGUGUUAUUCAGCUCUUUUGGUUUCACAUGCCAUUCAUCGUCGUGUUGAGUCAUUGCGUGGACCUUAGAUUCAAGAUGGUAUGUCUGGAAGGAAGAUUCUGUUCAUACUCGUCACAAGUCUGGAACAAUUUGCCAUGCGCUAUUCUAUUAUUUUUCCAAGCAAUAUUUGCAUAUUUCUUCUACUUGGCGUACGGAACUAUGGCGCUUUUUCUUGGACCUCUAAGAACUUGGUCAGUCAUCAUGGGAGCUUAUUUGUGGUACACUUCUGCAACUUUAAGUCAGCAAGAUUUCACGGAAUCCAAAAAAACUUGGGGACACCGUGAGUGUUACAAUGCUGUCAACAACGGGGGAGUCAUCGGUUCUCACGAAAUGUGAAGUAAACUUUCAAGAAAAUUCAAAUGAACAAUAAUAAGUAGAUAUAAUAACCAAGAAAGAUUGCUAUCUAAAUUGAUCUUUCAACCAAUUCGUAACUUUUAUGAUGACAAAAAUGGACAACUUUUGAUGCUAUUCAAAGUUUCAAGAAUUUAGACUUGGUUGUUCAGAGAAGACCAAUUUUACGUUAGAAAUUUAUCUACAAUAAGUUGUGAAAGAAGAGUAGUCUGUGAUGUUCCAUAGUUUCAAUUAUAUCCUUAUGGGGGCAAUAUUUCAAUUUUCCUAUAUAGAUAACAGGUAAAUUGAAACAUUGCAAAUGUGGCAUAUUUUGUAGUUUGACAUUUGUUUACCCAUUUGUAUUAUUAUUUUUAAAUACUAUUAUUACUAUAGAUAUAUUUAUUCUGCUGCAUUUAUUUGUGACAAAUUGUUGGUACGUUUUCAUAAUUGUGUUUUGUAAUUUAUUAAUACUGCCCCAUAUCCAUGUUUUAAAAGUGACCACGCAUUCUAAUUUCUAAUCCAGGAAUUGAGGAAUGUUUUAAUAUGUACGAAUUGACAAUGUAAUUCCAAACAUUGGUGCUCAGCUAGUUAGCAGUGAAUGAAUUUAAUGUAAAAGAUACCCGUAUCAUCAUUUUUCAGUGGUGCCAAUCUUGAAUCAAAGAAAUCAUUUAUGUAGAUAAAACAUAACAGAUUAUAAAAUGAGAUCAGUAUGUUAAAACUACUAUAAUCAUGUAUACAUAUUCAAAUAGGUAUGAUUAAUUUAUUAUGACGGAACGUACCAAAUUAAAACAAUAACAACGUCAAGUCUA